AUGGGGGUCGUGCAAUCAAAGCUCAAGACGCUGAGUCUGGCCAUCAAGGCGCUGCUCAUGGCCAACAAGCAAAUCGAAGAGCUUCUAGAACGGGUCCAGCAACCGCCCGGCUUGCCUGUCCCGAAUCCGUCCCCGUCCUACUGGCUCGAAGACCCACCGCACCCGGAACUAGUAGACACGCAGUCGCCCGGGCUGCCGGAACGCGCCGACAUUGUGAUUGUCGGUUCCGGUAUCACGGGCGCGGCUGUCGUGCGGUCGGUUCUCCAGGCGAGCAGCGGCGCGGCCAAGGGCGGGAAGCCCCGGGUCGUGGUGCUCGAGGCCAGAACCCUCUGCUCCGGCGCCACCGGUCGGAACGGCGGACACAUCAAGUCGUCUCCGCACGAGUUGUUUGCUCGGCUCAAGGGAAAUUUCGGCCCAGAACGUGCCGCGGCGGUCACGAGGUUUCAGUUGGCGCAUGUCAAGAUCUUGACGGAACUGUGUCAGUCCGAGGGAUGGGAUGUGGCCGAGUGCCGUGAGGUCGAAACGGUAGAUCUAUACCUCGAUCCCGAGGACAGAGACAAGGUAUUCGAAGAAGUGCGAGAGUUGAGGAAAUGGAUACCAGAGCUGGACAUUGAGACUUAUGAUGCAGCUUCUGCCCAAAAAAAAUUCGACGUGAAUAAAUUCGUUGUGGGGGCCAUCUCAUACACUGCUGGCGCUCUGUGGCCAUAUCGAUUCGUAUCCAGUGUGUGGCGAGACCUAUUAGCUCAAUUCGGUGAGAAUUUAUCCAUCGAAACCAGGACGGCCGUCACGGAUAUUCAAGUAGGGGAUACUGAAAACACAGCCUAUAGAGUUGUGACAGAUCGUGGGAUCAUCGAGUGCAAUCAUGUGGUCCAUGCUACAAAUGGCUUUGCAGGUCAGUUUGUUCCUGGUUUGCGCGGUAAGCUUAGCAGUCUGUUGGCACACAUGUCGGCACAGCGUCCGGGCAAGCAGUUUCCAGACUACGGCGGGUCGCGCUCCUGGUCGGUGAUUUAUGCAAAGUCGGCCUUUGAUUACAUCACGCAACGCCCAACAGUAAAUGGUGUACCUGGUGAUAUCAUGCUCGGCGGAGGUUUCGAUCGUAGUCGUGAUCAGGGCUUGAGCGUCAUCGGACGAUAUGACGACAGCAGUGAGGCCAUUGAUGCCCUGACUGUAAAUCACAUUGGAAACAUCUUUCCGACCAUCUUCUCCCCGCAGUGGGGAGACGAUCAAGAGGGCGGCAGGAUAAAGAAAUACUGGACAGGUGUCGUGGCUCUCACAGGGGACUUGCUUCCUUUUGUAGGCAGACUCGACCCAAAGCUGACUGGCCGACGGCCACGUCAAGUCAAAAAGUCUAGUGGUGUCGACGCUGGCGAAUGGAUCGCCGCUGGAUAUUGUGGCGAUGGAAUGGUGUGGGCUUGGCUAUCAGGCACGGCACUCGGGGCCAUGAUCACGGGUAGAGAGAAGGACAAAUCACCAGCCACGCCAGGACAUCCGGGCGGCAGACUCGAAGACUGGUUUCCACAUGAACUGAAGCCUUCGUCGAAAAGGGUAGACAAAGCUGACAUAGCCAACUUGAUGGAGCUGAUGUUUUAA